AUAUUGUUGUAUUUUUUAGUAUGUACAAGCUCGUGCUGAUAACCUUGGCCCUAUCAGGCCUCCAGGCUCUACCCAUCUCCAGACACCUGACAAAAACGUACCAUGCUCUUCCUCCAGGGGUUCAAGACGGCCACCCGGUCCCUCUACCCGACAGCUUUAUAGUGGACCACAACACUGGACUGGUGCAGGACUAUAUCAACGAAAUGGACAAAAAUGCAGAGAUAGAAGAUGCUCCGGUCCUGAAAAAUGGCGGAGGUUGGGUUCGAGUUGAUGUGGAAGAUACAAUUCCAGACGGGUUUAGACAGGGUACCGAACCGAGCCGUCGCAUCCCAGAAGGAUUCAGGCAGGGUACCGAACCUUUUAUGCCGAUUCGAGACGGGUUUAGACAGGGUACCGAACCAUCUGUGAAAGUUCCACGUGGCUUCAGACAGGGCACCGAACCUGCAAACCCAGAUGCGUACAGAACUAAAGCUCUUUUGAAAGCUCUUCCAGCUCUUAAUGAUGACACAAUUCCAGACGGGUUUAGACAGGGUACCGAACCGAGCCGUCGCAUCCCAGAAGGAUUCAGGCAGGGUACUGAGCCUUUUAUGCCAAUUCGAGACGGGUUUAGACAGGGUACCGAACCAUCUGUGAAAGUUCCACGUGGCUUCAGACAGGGCACCGAACCUGCAAACCCAGAUGCGUACAGAACUAAAGCUCUUUUGAAAGGCAUCCCAGCUCUUAAUGUUGACACAGUUCCAGACGGGUUUAGACAAGGUACCGAACCGAGCCGUCGCAUCCCAGAAGGAUUCAGGCAGGGUACUGAGCCUUUUAUGCCAAUUCGAGACGGGUUUAGACAGGGUACCGAACCAUCUGUGAAAGUUCCACGUGGCUUCAGACAGGGUACCGAACCUGCAAACCCAGAUGCGUACAGAACUAAAGCUCUUUUGAAAGCUCUUCCAGCUAUUAAUGUUGACACAAUUCCAGACGGGUUUAGACAGGGUACCGAACCGAGCCGUCGCAUCCCAGAAGGAUUCAGGCAGGGUACUGAGCCUUUUAUGCCAAUUCGAGAUGGGUUUAGACAGGGUACCGAACCAUCUGUGAAAGUUCCACGUGGCUUCAGACAGGGUACCGAACCUGCAAACCCAGAUGCGUACAGAACUGAUGCUCUUUUGAAAGCCCUCCCAGUUGAAAAUGUAAACGCAAUUCCAGAUAAUUUCAAAGCAUCCAAUGAGAUUUUGAGUGGUUUUAGGCCCGGUAACGGACCAUUUAUGCCAGUUCGUGAUGGAGAAGCACAGGGAAUUGAACCCUCAAAUCAUAUCCCAGCUAGUGUUUGGCACGAAAACGAGCUCGCCAUAAUGAACAAACCAAAAACUCCUCAGUGCGAAGGUGAAAUCAUCAAUGGACGUUGUUAUGCAUUCAACCCCACACGGCUGCCUUUCUUGGAAGCUCAGGAUUCUUGUAAAAGACUGAGUCCGAAUGCAGAGCUCGCCUCGGUGACCAGCGAGGAUCUUCAUUCUCGACUUGUUUCCCUGGUGACAAGUGGAGGAGAGAAAGAGCCGGUGAUGACCUGGUUAGGAGGCAUGGUCAAGAACCAGCGUGGCUCUUGGCUGGAUGGGGCAGAGUGGGGCUACAGUGACUGGAUGCCCGGACAGCCCAAUAUUCAGACUGACAAACCCGUCUGUGUGGAAAUGUUCAGGCUGGAUGAGACUUGGUGGAGCGCUGCUGACUGUGACCUGAAGAGGGCGUCACUCUGCUCUUAUCCUGUUGUAGCUUAA